GCUUACUGUUCCCUCUCUGUACCUCCCUGACAAUCCUCUUCAGUGGAAAAAAUCAACUUAGUUCUGCAGGGACACACACCUGCUGCACAGAGGGGAAAACAUUUUCUUGUGAGGCGUGUUGGUGAUCAUCUGCAGCCAUGUGUGACCAGACGUUCAUGGCAGCCACUUUUGGCCCCUGCGACAGCUGUAGUAAAGCCAGUCCUCUUAUGAACAUCUACAUUAAGAAUGAAGCCAUCAACUACUGCUCCUUCUGUAUGGAAGUGAUGGCUUGUCAGGGGCUCCUGAAAGGGGAAAGCCUGGCGUCACUGAAGAGGGAGAGCGAGAGUCUGAAGAAGAAGCUGGAGGAGGAGCGGGGCAAGCUGAACGACAUAGAGUUGCACCAGGUGGCUGAGAAAGUUGAGGUGUUGGGUACUCUCUCCAUAAAGACCAGACGUGUGCUGAAGGGUCAUGGGAACAAGGUGCUGUGUAUGGACUGGUGUAAAGACAAACGUCGUCUAGUCAGCUCUUCUCAGGAUGGAAAAGUGAUUGUCUGGGAUGCAUUCACUCUUAAUAAGGAACAUGGGGUGACCCUGCCGUGUACAUGGGUUAUGGCGUGUGCUUAUGCUCCCUCAGGUUGUGCUGUGGCAUGUGGUGGAUUGGAUAACAAGUGCUCAGUGUUCCCGCUGUCACUGGACCAAAACGAGAACUUGGCUGCAAAGAAGAAGUCUGUCGCCAUGCACACCAACUAUGUAUCAGGAUGCACCUUCACCAACUCAGACAUGCAGAUCCUGACUUCCAGCGGUGACGGCUCAUGUGCCCUGUGGGACGUGGAGAGCGGGCAGCUGCUGCAGAGUUUCCAUGGCCACACAGCUGAUGUCUUGUCCCUGGACCUCGCCCCAUCUGAGACUGGAAACACUUUUGUCUCUGGGGGCUGUGAUAAGAAGGCCAACGUGUGGGACAUGCGCUCUGGACAGAACAUUCAGUCUUUUGAGAGCCACGAGUCUGACAUCAACUGCGUAAAGUACUACCCCAGUGGAGAUGCAUUUGCUUCUGCUUCUGACGAUGCCACAUGCCGUUUCUAUGAUCUGCGAGCUGACCGUGAGGUAGCCGUCUACCAGAAGGACAGCAUCUUAUUUGGUGCUUCCACUGUGGACUUCUCUCUGAGUGGUCGCCUGCUUUUCGCUGGUUACAAUGACUACACCAUCAAUGUGUGGGACGUUUUGAAGGGAAGUCGCGUCUCGGUCCUGUUUGGCCAUGAGAACCGUGUCAGUAGGGUCAGAGUGUCACCUGAUGGCACGGCGCUCUGCUCGGCCUCCUGGGACAACACCUUACGGAUUUGGGCCUAGAGUUUAUAUCACUGUUGUGAUCCAGCAUUACUGCAUGUGACCGCCAAGACUGCAAGUCCCUGUCUGAAAUUCAACACUACUGCAGGAGUGUGUUUAUACAAACCUUCAGUCUGACAAACACACAGAAGCACAAAAACCUAAAACGUCUCCUCUGAAUGAUUAUCAUAACUGUCGGGUGGGGAUUCAUCUGAACAGACAGUUUGGAUUCCUAAUCUUUGUUAUUGUUAGCUUGAUGAGUGAUUGUAUAAUUAUAUAAUGGUAUUGCUAAUAUAGUGGGAACUAAUUGCAAGUGUAAAGAGCCAGAAUGACCAGUAGAAAUCAGCAGCAUGUUUCUGCUCUGCCAUGUAGACCUGCAGACGAUAACAGCAAUUAUCUUGUAAAUUAUGUACAUCGGUUCAAAUCUCUGUCACCUCUCCUGUGAGAACCACACAUACUGCGGGUGUACACGCUGUGAUUCUUGUUUAUUGUGGCACUCUGCCAUAGAUAUUGUCAACUAUUGGAAACUUUAAAUGUAGCCACAGAUUUUUCUUAUUUCAAUAAACAUAAACCUCAUCAGCUUAGGUACAUUUCUUGUGAGAAAAAUAAAGAAGAUUUUAAGUUUU